AUGGAACAAACCUUUGAGUCCACCUUCAGUUUUUGGUCCUCAAACAUCCUAGAACCUCAAACAUCUUUCUCUAGGCCUCCAAGAUCAUCCUCCAAUCUAAGCAACCGAAAACCCUCAUUGAUGAACAUCAAAAUUCCUUCUAUAACCAAACCUCUCCCACCACAAAACGUCGAAGAGGAUAAUAAGCACUAUAGAGGUGUUAGAAGAAGACCAUGGGGGAAAUUUGCUGCGGAAAUCCGUGACCCUAAUAGAAAAGGGUCAAGGGUGUGGCUUGGAACCUUUGACACAGCCAUAGAAGCUGCAAAAGCUUAUGAUAAAGCUGCUUUUCAGAUGAGAGGAAGCAAGGCCAUAUUGAACUUUCCUCUAGAUGUUGCAACGGAUGAAUCUGCAGAAUAUGCAGAAUCAUCAGUUUCACUUUCUAGCUCAAAAUACAUCAAAGUUGGUGAGAAAAGAGAAAGAGAUGAAGGAAACUACAAUGAAAUUGAGAUAAAAAGUCGCAGUAACAAUAACAAUAAGCAAGUGAAGAUAGAAGAAGGAGUUUCAGUUUGUCCUUUGACUCCUUCAUGUUGGAAAGGGUUUUGGGAUACUGAUGUUAUGGGAACUAUCUUCAGUGUACCUCCUUUGUCACCCUUAUCUCCACUUAUGGGAUGCUGA